AGUGCUGGGAAGUGUGGUCCAGAGAGUUUUUGAAUGCCAUUGACCAGAAAUACUCCUGAAAACAGGCCAUGUCUCAGUCUGUUUUUCCACUUAGGCCAGUAUUUGUGGUCAAUGGCAUUCAAAAACUCUCUGGACUACACUGCCCAGCACUUCUGACAGAUCCAUUUGACUGGUUAAUUAAAAAUUAAAAUUAUACAUAUUAUAUCACCACCGUAAGUGCACUUCAUUUCGUUGUGAAUUGUACUGCUGUGGCCUUGCACCAAGGCAAGUUAAAAAGUUUUGGUUGUGUGUGCUGGCAUCUCUGUGGACACUAUAUAUGUAUAUAUUUACCAGUUUGGUAAAAAUGAUUUCAUAGGCCACUUAAUAUGAUAUAAAAAUCUGUUGGUUAAGUGUUUAUUCUGGGGGUAUAGUUUUUCUCUAAAGAAGAAUCCAUUGUUUUUGUAAUAUUCAUAUAUUAUUUAUUAAUACUUUUUAUGUUUCAGAAUAAUGGAAAAGUCUUACGAGGCAAUGAAUGAAGUCCAAGUUGCUUGGACAAAUGGUACAUGUGACCUAUUUAAUAAAUCAUGGAGGAUCAUAGAGGAUUAUCAUAUAACAGACACUGCAGAAACUGUUAUUCUCCCUUCAUUCAUUGGAAUUAUCUGUUCAACUGGAUUAGUUGGGAAUAUUCUUGUUCUUAUUACCAUAAUAAGGUCUAGAAGGAAAACGAUUCCAGACAUCUACAUCUGUAACCUGGCCGUAGCAGAUUUGGUUCAUAUUAUUGGAAUGCCAUUUCUUAUUCAUCAGUGGGCUCGUGGAGGAGAAUGGGUGUUUGGAAGCCCUCUUUGUACUAUCAUAACUUCUCUUGACACCUGCAAUCAGUUUGCAUGCACGGCUAUCAUGACAGCAAUGAGUUUGGACAGAUACAUGGCCCUUGUACAGCCAUUUCGACUUACUAGCUUGAGGACUAUAUCAAAGACUAUUCGAGUGAAUGUUUUCCUUUGGGCUGCCUCUUUUGUUGUGGUGUUUCCAGUAUGGGUUUACUCCAAAGUUAUACAGUUCAAAGAUGGAUUAGAAAGCUGCGCAUUUGAUCUAACAACUCCAAAUGAUGUUCUCUGGUACACGCUUUACUUGACCAUCACAACAUUCUUCUUUCCAUUACCUCUUAUUUUAGCAUGUUAUAUUUUAAUUCUUUGCUACACAUGGGAGAUGUACCAUCAAAACAAAUCUGCAGGACGAUAUAACAACAGCAUACCGAGACAGAGAGUCCUGCGUCUUACCAAAAUGGUACUCAUUUUGGUGGGAGUUUAUAUUGUCAGUUCUGCCCCUUACCAUGUGAUACAGAUUGUGAACCUUCAGAUUUCUCAGCCAUCACUAACUUUCUACGUUAGCUAUUAUUUCUCUAUUUGUCUCAGCUAUGCCAGCAGCGGGAUUAAUCCUUUCCUCUACGUUCUUCUCAGUGGAAACUUCCGCAAAAGACUUUCUGACUGCACCAAAACGAAAAGCAGAAUGUCUGAGCGGGAGCUAAUUUAUAUAGAUACUUUGAAAUCCAGCUUUUAAUGGUUUGCUUUAUUUGUUUUCUAAAUGUCAAUUACAAAACAGGCUGAUUAUAAAUCUGUGUUUGCAACUGGUAUAGAUAAGAAUGUCUAUGUUCUGUGAAAUUAAGAGUCCAGGAAAGGAGAAUGGUUUAUGCAAUACUGCAAGGGUGACCUUGGCUGCUUUGACUACAGUUUUUAAAUAGCCCAGUUUGUUUCCACAGUAACAAAACUGCUCCUACUGAAUUGCAUAUGAAUUGCCUAUGGAAGAACUUGCCAGACAAUGGUUUUCCAAAGUAGAUUGCUAUUGCCUGAUAAACCCUUGCAUAAGUUUUUGCAGCCGAUUCACAUGCAAGCCAGUGGGACAGUAUGCAGUGCUUGUCAUUGUAUUUUGGAGCGACUUCACAAAGAGCCUGAAAUUUCCCUGUAUGACAUUGCCUUUAUAUCAUCAAUGAAACAAGGAAUGGUAUGGGUUUGUGGAUAAUUAACAGUGGCCUGAGUUAAGGAUAGUUUUUAUUUUUUUUUUCAGGUCUGGUGUAAAAUCUUUAUUAAUAUACAGUAAUAUUCUGUAUAAAUACAUACUAAAAUAGUUUGAUUCCUUCCUAUCUCAGCCUACAGUAUAUAGGAGAAAAAGACUGCACUGUACUGUAUAUAGUUUACUGUUAGUUUUAGUAGGUAAAGGGGCAUGGUGGUGUGCCUGAUGGUUCGGACAAACCGUCUCCUUUCUUAUGCUAAUAUGUUUCCUAUUAGAAACAUAUCACAUGGAGAGAUAAAACCUGUCAAUUCUUGGCUUUUCAUAAUCAUUUAAAACAUGCAAGCUGUGUGAGACCUAUUCAUAGUCACUGGGGUCCCUAGUCCUAAUAAUAAUAAUUUAAUAGCUACACUAUUAGUGAUGGGUGAAUUUUUCCCGUUUCGCUUCACCGAAA